AUGUCCUCACAGGCAUCAUUAUCGCAUGACAGCGAUCGCCGUCGAUCAGGACGCGCCCAUGCGUCAUUAGCGCUAGCACAGGAUGUUUUCCACGUCGAGGCCAUCGUAUGCCGUUCCUUGCAUCCCGCCAAGACUCCCACUGGGGAGGACGAGUACUUCUACCUUGUGCGCUGGGAAGGAUACGACCCGACACAUGACACAUGGGAGCCGCGUUCAAACCUCGCCAACUCGAGUGAGGCCAUAAGGGAGUACGAGGCAAAAGAGACACCAUUCUCCAUACUCGACGUUCGCGAUAACGACACAGAAUACCUCGUGAGGCUCGGCAUCGCAACGAGGUACAUGGAACCUUCCCCGUUCUAUCCCAAGGUGUGGAUGACGGUGGAGACAAUGAAGGAUUUCUGCCGCCCGAGGACAGUUGACUCGGCUGUGAAACAAUUCCAUCGUGAGCUUGAGGAGGUUGGCCUCCGUAAGCGCAAACGCGCGGCCAAGCAGAAAGCAAGCACGGGACGUAAGAGUAGUCAAGUGCCAAGCCGAUCAGACCUGGUCAUCCUUGCGGCGAAACGAAAGUCCUCUGGGAAAGCCAAGGGAUACAACUUCCACGUGCGGUGGCGAGAGAACGGUCAAGAUCAGGAGGAGUGGCUCCGUCGCACAGCGAUCAAGGAUCGGUUCGGGGACGCCGGUGUGAACGCCAUCACAGAGUUCAACGGGCAGGACAUUGUUGUUCCAGCUCCGACACCGACGGACUCUGUAGAAAGCGACUAUGACCGCGAACGCCAACGGAACAUUGAGGAGAAUCGGAUAUUGCUGCAGGAACUUGGCCUGCAGUUACUUAGCCACCAAAAAAAUCUAGCCAACAUGUCCACCGACGACGUUUACGAGGGUGCCAUCGGUAUCGACCUCGGCACCACCUACUCCUGUGUCGGUGUCUGGGCCAACGACCGCGUCGAGAUCAUCGCCAACGACCAGGGCAACCGCACCACCCCCUCGUAUGUCGCCUUCAACGAGGGCGAGCGUCUCAUCGGUGACGCUGCCAAGAACCAGAGCGCCAUGAACCCCCGCAACACCGUCUUCGACGCCAAGCGCCUUAUCGGCCGCCGCUUCGACGACUCUGAUGUUAAGAAGGACAUGAAGCACUGGCCCUUCACCGUCAUUGACAAGGACGGCUCCCCCUACGUCGAGGUCGAGUACCUCGGUGAGAAGAAGACCUUCUCGCCCCAGGAGAUCUCCGCCAUGGUCCUCACCAAGAUGAAGGAGGUUGCCGAGGCCAAGAUUGGCAAGACCGUCAAGAAGGCCGUCGUCACCGUUCCCGCCUACUUCAACGACUCGCAGCGUCUCGCCACCAAGGACGCUGGUGCCAUUGCCGGCCUUGACGUUCUCCGCAUCAUCAACGAGCCCACUGCCGCCGCCAUCGCUUACGGUCUUGACCAGAAGACGAAGGAGGAGAAGAACGUUCUCAUCUUCGACCUUGGUGGUGGUACUUUCGAUGUCUCGCUCCUCUCGAUCACCGGUGGUGUCUUCGCCGUCAAGGCCACCGCUGGUGACACCCACCUUGGUGGUGAGGACUUUGACCAGACCCUCCUUGACCACUUCAAGACCGAGUUCAAGCGCAAGAACAAGCUUGACAUCUCGGACGACCCCCGUGCUCUCCGCCGUCUCCGCUCGGCUUGUGAGCGUGCCAAGCGCACCCUCUCGUCGGUCACCCAGACCACCGUCGAGGUUGACUCGCUCUACCAGGGCGUCGACUUCUCGUCGAACAUCACCCGUGCCCGUUUCGAGGAGAUCAACGCCGCUGCGUUCAAGUCGACUCUUGAGCCCGUUGAGAAGGUUCUCAAGGACUCGAAGAUGCCCGCCGCCAAGGUUGACGACAUCGUCCUUGUUGGUGGCUCGACUCGUAUCCCCAAGAUCCAGUCGCUCGUCUCGGAGCGCUUCGACGGCCGCCAGCUGAACAAGUCGAUCAACCCCGACGAGGCCGUCGCUUACGGUGCCGCCGUCCAGGGUGCCGUCCUCACCAACCAGACCUCGGACAAGACUGCCGACCUCCUCCUCCUUGACGUUGCUCCCCUUUCGCUCGGUGUCGCCAUGCAGGGUGACGUCUUCGGUGUUGUUCUUCCCCGCAACACCCCUAUUCCCGCCAACAAGUCGCGUGUCUUCACCACCGUUGAGGACAACCAGACCACUGUUACCUUCCCCGUCUUCGAGGGUGAGCGCCUUGCUUGCAAGGACAACCGCUUGCUCGGCGAGUUCGAGCUUUCGGGCAUCCCCCCCAUGCCCCGUGGACAGGCCGAGCUUCUCUGCACCUUCGAGGUUGACGCCAACGGUCUCCUCAAGGUCUCUGCUCAGGACAAGACCUCGGGCCGCAAGGCUCAGAUCACCAUCCAGAACUCGGUUGGCCGUCUCUCGUCGGAGGAGAUCUCGCAGAUGAUCAAGGACGCCGAGAUGUCCAAGGCUGCUGACCGCGACUUCGCCGCCCGUCACGAGGCCAAGUCGGAGCUCGAGUCGUACAUCCACGUUGUUGAGCAGCAGAUCACCUCGCCCGAGCUCGCUUCCAAGCUCAAGCGUGGCGCCAAGGGCGCCAUCGAGUCGGAGCUCGGCAAGGCGAUGGAGGUCCUCGAGGAGGAGGCCGCGACGACUGAGCAGUACAAGAAGUCGAUGCUCUCUCUCAAGCGCCAGAUGCAGAAGGCCAUGGCCUCGGCCCGCUAA